AUCAGAUUCAAUUACUUUGGAAAGCUCACAAGAAAACAGUUUAUUAAAAGCUGUUGAAAAAGUUGUUGAACACUUAUAUCCUAAUGCAAAAGCAUAUAAAUUUGGUUCUAGAUGUUCUUAUACAGCUCUCUCUAAUAGUGAUUUAGAUAUUUUUUUAGAUUGUGACAAUAUGUACCAUAAAAACUUUGAUACUGCAUUGAGCCAUAAAUAUUUAUCAUCUGUGAUCGAUUGUUUUAAAAAUCUAGAAGACGAAUGGUAUAUAGAAGAAACAUUGUUUGAUACCAGGGUUCCUAUUAUCAAAUUGCGUCAUUAUCCUACUGAUCUCAAGUGUGAUAUCUCUUUUUCAAAUGGUUUGGCUUGCAGAAAAUCUAAACUUGUUAGAUACUACAAUGAUGCUUACAAAAUGUGUAGAGAGCUUAUUUUGUACCUUAAAAAAUGGGUAAUUUUUUCACAAUUAUCAGGUACAGAAGGUAUUUCAACUUUCACUGUAUCGUGGCUAGUGAUUUUUUACUUGCAAGUCAAAGGUGUACUUCCAAGUGUUUAUGAGUUAAUAAAAUGUCAAACUCGCUCAAUAAUUAUUGAUGGUUGGGAAUGUGGAUACCAGAAAAAUUUUUGCAUCACUCCCAAUGAUUCUAGUUUUGUAGAAACUCUUGUUGGACUGUUUACAUUUUAUGCAGAAUUUGACUAUCAGAAGUAUGUUAUUUGUCCGUUUUUGGGUUCGAUUAUAGAAAAAGAAAAGUUUGCUACCAAUGAAUUACCAGCUGAGCUUACAGCUAUACUUAAUGAAAAAAAUAAAAAGGCUGUAUCACUUUUCCGAUUUGAUUCUCCAAUGUGUAUGCAGGACCCAACAGAUCUUUCUCAAAAUUCCACAAAAGCUCUUAGAAAACGUCAACUCAGAUGUUUUAAAGAAUAUUGCUCAUCAAGUGUUGACAGAAUUAUAUCUGGACAACAAGCUAUAGGUUUAUAAUACAUAUUUUUAAUAACCCUUUUUUUGAAAAUUAUUGUUUUUAAAAUAUUACGACAAGAACUCUUGGUUUAUAAACGGAAUGCAAUUA